AUGGAGAUUGAUUCCUAUGCCACGGAGCUCACGCCGCCGCCUCUGGCGGCGGCCGACCAGCGCACCAAGCGCGGCUUCCUCCCCGAGUUCGCAGACGACCGCAACCGGGCGCUGGACCAUGAUAUCAGGGCCCUGGAGACGGAGCUGGAGGGCGCACAGAUCCAGGUGGACGAGAAUAAGGAGCACACGCGGGUGCUGGCGGAGCACCUGGACAAUGUGCGGCUGGAGAUCAGCCACACGCAGGCGCGGCUGGCGGCGCGGCGCAGGGAGGUGGAGACCGAGGCGCACCUGCAGGAGGUGGCGGCGCGCGAGACGGGGCGCCUGCGGGCCGACAUCGCGCGCCUGCAGCAGCGCCGCGGCGAGCUGGAGCAGAGCGCCACGGCCAUGCAGACGGAAGCCUUCCAGGCGGGAGAGCGCAUGGACCAGUUCAAGCUCGUCCAAAACUGGAAUCAGGCACGCGGCGCUCGCAUCCCUGCUGAAGAGCUGGAGCAGUGGCUGGCAGCUGCGACACAGAAGGAGGAGGACAACCUGGCGUUGGAGCGGUACCGCAGGCAGGACGAGGCGAGGGUGAAGGAGCUGGGCAUGCAGCUGGAGCAGGCGGCGCGCGAGGCGCACCAGACGCAGCGGGACCUUGACGACGAGAUAACUGAGACUCAGGCGGCCCAGACCGAGCUCAGCAAGGCGGCGCAGGACUUCCGCCGCCUGCACGCCGAGCGGCAGGAGCUGCUGCAGCAGUGGGAGGGGGUGCUGGAGGCCAUCCGCAAGCGGGAUGCUUCCAUCCUGGAAGCGGGGCAGCAGCAUGCGGAGCGCACCGCCCAGCUGGCCACGCUCAAGCAGGAGCUGGCGGUGCAGGCGGCUGAGCUGGACGCUGAGCUGGCGGCAGGCGCCGCCGCCCAGAAGCGCAUCCUGGCUCAGGAGCGCAGCAUCAAGGGCCUGUACGGAGCCUUUGCCAGCAGCCAGGCGGCGGUGGCAGAGGCGGAGGACAAAGCCGACCUGCUGUCCAACAGCCUGGGCCGCGCCGCGGACGAGGCGCAGCGGCAGGCCGCCGCCAGCGGGCACCUGCGGGCCGAGCUGGAGCGCCGCGCGGCGGCGGUGGAGGCGGCGCAGGGCCGGCUGGAUGCGGCGCGCGUGCGGGUGGCGCUGGAGGGGCACCAGCUGGGCAGCCUGCAGCAGAAGAUCCAGGAGCUCGAGAAGCUGAGGGCCGAGGAGCAGCAGCGCGCCAGCAGCUUGGACAAGGAGAUUGCGGCACUGGGCAAGCGCCAGUUUGGCGCAGGGCAGGCGCUUCACGCGGCGCAGGAGCGGGAGCGGCGGCUUGCGUCGGAGAGCAGCGGGGCGCGGGCGCAGGGGCGCAACCUGUCGCACAAGAUGGCGCAGCUGGAGGAGCAGCUGGUUAGGCAGCAGGAGGUGCGGUACAAUGCAGACUACCAGCUGGUGGAGAUGGAGCGGCGGGUGGCCCGUGCUGAGGGCCACCGCUCGCGGGACGAGACCGCGGUGCUGGGCGGGCGCAUCAAGGAGCUGGAGGGGACGCUGGCGGCGGCGCAGGCGGCGCACGGCAUGCUGGUGGAGGAGGUGAAGCGGGCGCAGGACGACUACGCCCGCGCGCAGCGGCACAGCCAGGCGGUGCAGCGGGAGCGGGGCGCCAUCCUUGAUGACAUGUCGAGGCUGGCGCUGGAGAGCGGGGCGGCGGGGCGGGCGGCCAAGGCGGCGGCACGGGAGCGCGAGGAGCGGCUGGUUGAGGUGGACAUGGGCAGGCUGGAAUCUGGGGAGGUGAUGAGCCUGGAGACGCGCAAGCGCAGCCUGGAGGCGGGGAUGCGGGAGCGGCGGAGCGAGGGCGAGGCCCGGCUGCUGCGGGACGAGGUGCACCGCGUGGCGCUGGAGCUGCAGGCGCGCCAGCUGGCGCUGCAGAAGCUGAGGCGCAAGCACGAGACGCUGGUGCUGAAAGGACGCUGCCAGGAUGGCGAGGAGGCGCACAGCCAGGCGUACUUCAUCAUCAAGGCGGCCCAGGAGCGGCAGGAGCUGGCAGAGCAGGCGCGGCGCCGCGGGGCACCUUUCCGGCACUGUGGCCGUGCCAGCUGCAGCAUGCGGCCGUGCCACUUGUCCUGCACCACCGCCGAGGCGCUCAAGGCGCAGAUUGCGCAGGCGGAGCGGGAGUGCGGGGCGCUGGAGGCCACGCUGCGCCGCCUGGUGGGCACCAACAGCGACAUGCACUACCACGCCAGGCACAACGGCGUGCAGGAGCUGCUGGAUGAGCAGGAGGCGCUGCGCCACCAGCUGGACCGCGCGGCAGCCGCCUUGAAGCUGAAGCUGGCUGCGGAAGGAAGCCGGGCGGAGGAGCUUGAGCAGGCGCAGGCUCGACUGGCAAAUGUAGCGGCAGAGGAGGCGGGGCUGCGGCAGCGGGUGGAGGCGCUGGAGAAGCAGAAGGCGGAGGCGGAGCAGCAGCUGCGCGACCAGCGCCAGCGGCGGCAGCGCGCGGCGCAGCGCGCCGCCAAGCUGCAGGGCCAGGCCGUGGCGGCGGCGCGGGCUGCGGGCGGCGGCCCGCCCGCGGGGAUGCCUGCCGAGGCGCUGGUGGCGGAUGUGCAGCUGGCCCAGGUCAAGGCGGCCACCAGGGGGAUGCUGGAGGCGCUGGGGGCGGCUGCUGCGGAGCACCCUGACCUCAAUCUGCUGGCCAGGGUGGAGGCAGAGGCGGGCGUGAAGGUGGCAGGAGAGCCGAGCAGGCCCGGCUCCGCCUCGGCACGCAGCCUGUGCAGCGCUGUAUCAUCCGCGCGCAGCCCCGGCGGCAGCAGGCCCGGAUCCGCGCCGCGCGCCGAGGGCGGCUCCAGGCUGGCGGCAGCCGCGGCAGGGACGGCGGCGCGCAGCCCGGGCGGCAGCGGCAGCCGGCCCGGAAGCAGCUGCGCAGGCAGCCUGCGGUCGGCGGCAUCGGCGCGGGGCAGCCCCGCCAAAGCGCCCGCCGUGCAGACCAUACAGCUGUCCCUGUGA